AUGCAGUAUGAAUUUAAAGGUGGAAAGUAGAGAAGAUAAAAUAGAUAAAAUAAAGAAUAUAGAAUAGAGGAGAGAAAAAGAGAAAUUGAUCCCUCAUUGAUCUCUUUGUUUUUAUAGCCUUAUUGAUGAUAACCACAUACAGUAUUGCUACCUGAGCUUGACACCCCAAAGGCAGUAUGAGAUAUUAACCACCAGGGGCGCUCUGUGGUCAAGCUUAAAUUUACGUCACAUGAAGUCGUCACAUGACUGUCAGGGGCAAACAAAACAGGAAGAGGUUUUGUUCUUUGGUGUUGUGAGUAUUUCAUCGUUUAUUAUUUUGAAAUGGAAAUACAGUAGCAUCAAGAAGUCAAAGUUUGAAUACUAAUUCCCUUUUGCACGUUUAUGGUGUCGCUACGCCGCGUUAUUUGCUUUUUGCGUUGCAAGAGGAACCGAACUCCAUAUAGAGUUUGGUCGAUUUAAGAUAAUCGUGCUUACCUGUAAAGGUACGUUAAAAUUAAGCAUUAAUUGAAAGUAUAUUUUGUAUAAAUGGGGUUUGCUUGUUAAUUCAGCAUAUAAAUUAUUGAACCUUGUCUUGAGGUUUAUUCAAAAUCUUUGUGAAAUGUAGCAAAUGCGUAGGUCGCUUGUUACGAUGGUAGGCUACACAUUUUAACAGCCCUUUAAAGUUAAGACGAUACAUAGUUUUUUACAUAAAUUUGUUAAAUUAAAAACAUAAAGCAUCUUUAACAUUAACAAGGCCUAUUUUGUACUGAGAAGCAAAGACUGUGUGCUCGUUUCCUUGAUUUUAAAUGUUGACAAUUUUGAUGAUUUUUUGAAUGAAGUUUGGCUCCUCGGCACAAUCCCGUUAGAUCCACUGAAGGACGGCAUGUUCUGACCCGUUUUACACCUUUUGCACUUUAAGACCACUUUAUAUAGUUAAAGUGAUUAUGCAUAUCUUCAUAUGGCGGGCAUUAACUAGAAGAAACUCACAAUAGUUAACGGAUGCUUUUUUACGUGGUUGUAAAUGCUUACUUUGGUGAAAUGCAAAGCUCAACGCAAUUCCUGUAGUCAUGUUUGGGUGAUUGUUGCUUAGUUUUUGUAUUUUUUGCAAACAUUUGCAAAGACCAUAUAUUAUUCUAGCUGAAUCAAACUCUGUUUAUUUAUUUUCUGGGUUUGCUUAAUUGCAUUGCUGUAUUUACUGUAGGUAACAUCCAGACAGGUAACUGUACAACUUUCAUGCAGUGUGGAAAUUGGUGAAAAUAAGAUGACAACAUUUUAUGCAGUUACAGGCCUAGUAGUUGUUAUGACUGAUCAAAUGAGAUGCAGACUUUUAGAACUGAAGUAUAUGUGACUAUUCUUAACAUGUCUUGAUUGCACUAUGCAGGUUCAGAGGUCACCAUGGGGUCUGCAGUGGAGAGGACAGAUGAACAUGUGAGAGAGUACCUCAUCUACAGAGGAUUCACCAACACCAUGAAAAACCUGGACAGUGAAAUAAAGGCCGACAAGGAGAAAGGCUUCAGGGUAUGAACGACAGAUUGAUAUGGUUGGAUAUCGUUUUGAAGAGAGAACUGAGUUGUACAUAAUUUUCUGGCGUUUUUUAUUAUUGUUGGUUAUUAUGGUUUUUAGCCAGGCCAGGUUAAAAGAUGAAUAAUUCCCCUCACUUCCACUCUCCCGUUGCUCUGCAGGUGGACAAGAUCAUCGAUCAGCUGCAGCAGUUCAUUCAGAAUUUUGACCUGUUUGGUCUGAAGGAGUACUGGCUCUACCUAGACAGACGUCUUUUCUGCAGACUGGAGGAUGUUUACAGAUCAACAGUCAACAAGCUGAGGACCAGUCUGUAUAGAUACUACGUCAUCAACACCAUCCAGGUAGCUGCCUCGAUAGAAACUUAACGCAGCUGUUUCUGAAACUGAACAUUUUUUGAGGGUACUCUUUUGUCUUUCCUUGCAGAAAGGAAACCUGGAGAAGACCCAGGAGUUUUUCCAAAAGCAAGCGUUGGAGCUGCAGGGUCAGGCUGAGUGGCGUGACUGGUUCAUCCUGCCAUUUAUCCCUGCCCCUGAGCAGAAUCCUGCCUUCUCUCCUUACUUUUCCAGGCAGUGGGCUGACACCUUCCUGGUUUCACUUCACAACUUUCUAUCUGUCCUCUUUCAGUGUAUGCAUAUCCUUUCGAUGGCUCCAUGGCUGUAAUAGCACGAGUUUGCACUCCUAAUGUCAAUGAGGUUUAACAGUUAAAAAGCAUGUGUCAACCUUUAGGAAGAGCUACGCUGUGUCUGUGUUCAAAACUGCUGGUUUCCAGUCCUUAACUGUCUCCACCUCAGCCUGUUCUGCUGAGUUUUGAUGCUGAGGUUCAGAGGACGACCAGCCUGACAGAAGAGAACGAACAACUUCGCCAGCUGGUGAGAAAACACUCUACAUUAUCAACAACCUUUUCAGCUGAUGAGAUAAUUGAAUAAAAGUACUUUUGUCUGAAAAAUGAACGAGUGCUUUGAGGUAUUGCCACAUCUAUCACCAUGAGACCAACUGCGAUUUAGUGUUUGGGCAUUUUCAUUUUACAUAAAUGCAAUAUAUUGAUCCAAAUAGUCACCUGGUUUUGAUUUGCUUCUUGAAGGUAAUUAUUAUUAUUAUUAUUAUUGUUUAUUAUUAUUGUUUUAAAUCCGUCUGCCUCGUCUUCUCAUCCAGCUGUUCGCCCUGCACACGGAGAACCGGGACCAGAGAGACGGAGAUGAGGUGGUCCACCACAAGCUGCCGGUGUACGUCCAGAACAUGGACCGUCUGGGAGACACUGAGCUGUGAGACACUAACAUCACAACACUGUCUUUAAAUGAUGACUUACUACAACCAAGAUGGCUGCCAUUCUGAUGUUUUCUUUUUGUUUAUUAAGAUACAUCUGAGUAUUUAAUCGUUCUUUCAAAUGAAGUUAUUUAUUUGAUAGCUUUGUUAUUUAUUUUUUAUUUUGGCUCUCCAUUGGUACGUCCAGUAUGUAUGCUAUGAAAAUGGAGCUGUUAUUUAUUUUUGUUGUUAAAUGUUUUAAAUAUCAGCUGUUUAAAUCAAAGACACUCAGGUGAUGAUAAAAGCAGUAUAAUGUAAAGGUUCAAAUGGCAGCCAUCUUCAAUUUUCUCUCAAUGAACUUUAUAAUAAUUGAAGCACAACCUUCUGCAGUUUUUCUCACCCAGAUGGGUCUCUUUGUUUCCUUUCCCAAGAAAAACACAUACAUUUAUAUUUAUGAUUCCUACACUUUAAGCUUGUUUUUCAGUUUGACCUAACUGCUGUGUCUGGUUGAUAUUUUUUAUUAUGAAAGUUUUAUCAUAAAGUCAAAUUUGUCAAGUGUUUACCUAAUUAGUAGAUGAUACAGUUAUUCUGUUGCUAAGAUAAGAUUUACGAAGAUCUUUGCUAAUUCUGUUACGAUAUAAAAGACAAGAUUUAUCUAUGACUUGGUAAAAGAUAAGGUAAAUUAAAAUAGUGUAACACUCCUUGUAUCAUGUUCAAGAGGAGAAAGGGAUAAAGAGAAAAUAAACAAGGAUAUUUUGCAGUUAGAGUGAAAAUUUAACGUGUUUACCCAAAAACCUUCUCCCCAAAAUCAUAUUUCAUAGAAUUUUAAGGCACUUUAUUACAGAAGUGUAUUAUAGUCACUUGAGACAAAAAUCUGUCUGCUUUGUCCUGAAAUUACAUGAUACUGCAACCUGAAAAAUCUCAACAGAGCCUCUCUCACAUGUAUGAGGAAUGCAAACAUUACGUUGGCAUCAAAUUAAAAAUGAGGAAGUGUUUUUCUUAAAAUGAUAAAAUGACAUGUUUUCUUUGCUCUAACUUCAAUUCAAAUUAUUUCAAAAUCAUUUGCACUGCAUCUUUUUUGGAAUUGCAGUUGUAAUUUUGAGACAUGAGUAUCUUCUGUUUCUCAAACACAACCUUAAAAAAUCAGGUUGAAUAAACAGCGAAGACCUGUUUGCUUCUUGAAGGAGUCUAAAUUGGAGCUCCUGUUGAGAUUUUGAAGGACCAGUAUUUGGUUAAUUUGUGAAACAGCAGACUUUUUGCACUCAAAUGAAUGCAAUUCACUUGUGUACUUUAAAGCACACAGAAGAGUGGAAUAAUAUUUUGUGUUUACUAAACUAAAAUACAUAUUGAAGAUCUUUUCAAUAAGCUAUUGUAAAUGUUACAGUAUUUAUAAUAUUUUUGUGUGCUGUUGUGCGGUUGCUGUUGCCAAAUAAACAAUUCACCUUAUGAAUUGUGUUUUUUUUUGUCCGCGCAAUCCAUUUUUUUAAACUCUCACACAGACAUGUUUUUUACACACUAACAGAGUAAAGAAGGGUGGCAGAUUCGGUAAACUCUAAGAUCAGUAGAAGCCUAGCUAAAGCUAAGUAUGAUGAGAAACAUGUUAAAUUUGUGGUUGGCUACUUGAUAAAAACCAGUUUACCCACAUUCAGACACACAUCAUUACAGUCCACAGGCCCUGGCAGAAAAUACCCACUAAAACCAUUAUCACAAAUAAUCACGCUCUCGUCAUGAGUCAGGUCAUGUGAAUUGCCCACCAGUUUUGGUCUGAAUACUAAACCAACAUCAAACACCUAAGAUGUGUGAAAGAUUAUUGCUGGCUCAGGUCGCCUGCUGCGUUCAUAUUUCAAAGAAACUCAAAUGAUAGGCCAGGACCCAAAAGUGGGUUGCCGCUAAGAGCCUGAAAAAAGCUAUGAGUGAAUUUUUUCCCCUGCCUUUAAUUUAAAGGAUGUGUUCAUGAAACUUGCAGUUGUGUGGUGGUAUCUUCACACGAACGCUGAAGGUGUGCCUAUCCAGCACCAUUGCAACACUAUGGAAUAGCGUUGCAAUGGUGCUCUCUGGUAUAUCUGAAAGCAAAAUACAGCUGCGUUGAAUAAAUUUGACUGCUUCUUCAGUUUAAAUUUUUCUAUGACCUGUAGACUAGUUUGUUAAAAGAACUACAAAAUAUGUUACUUGUUUUAUACACUUUGUUCCUGGAACAGAAUUCAGUAUCAUAAAAUAGACAAAACACACCACAGUGAUCACCUGCGGCACCAUCUUGCAUUAUCUAGUAACUAUUUUCUCUGAGUAGCUUGUUUUGUCUUAUCCAGACAUUACUGGAUAUAGUUCGUUUACUUAAUAAUAACACAUCUUCAGUGCAAACAUUACUUUGGUGUUGCUGCCUCCUGUGGCUGCUGUCAACAACCUCAGCUGCUCCUGUAUUAAAAUGCUGCCAAUGUUACCAUUCCCAGUAUUUUGACCUAUUUUGUUCCCUUUGUAAGUGACGUACAGUCUCUACAGGUUGAUAAACAUCAUCUUUAGUUGCUUUCUCCCUUUGACAUGCCUCUGUCCCGGGUUUUGGUCCAUCUUAUCUGGCCUUUGUUACUCAGUACCACCCUCCCUCAAGCAUUGGAACAGCUAAUAGCAAUACCAGUCAGAGGAACGUUUUCUUUUUACACUGGGUUCAACAUUUUGUAUUACUGUUCUAGGACUAACCAUCACAGUUUCCAUGCAAACCCAAUCGUUUUGGCGCAGCCCAUCAUGUUGUUGUUACACAAUUUUAAGAUAAUCAAAGCUGGUGUAGUGGUGCUCUCUAUUGUCACCCUUCAUCCCCUACAAAUACACUUUUUUUGUAAUGGGUAGGUCCAGAAAAAAAAUCAAUAAGGCCUAAUUUUGUUCCUAGUCUUAUCAUUUUGCUGGUCUACUAUGUUUUUAUGUUAGCAUUUAGCUUACAAGAAAACAAAUUACCAAUGUACCCAGCAUGCACAAAAAUGGAGCAUGGAGCCUUGAAGAGACAGUAACCUUCAAUAAGUUGAGGUUUGAUUAAAAUUGCAUCUUGUUGGAUUCUACUAUCCUUUGUAGGGUGUUGUUGUUCUUUGGGGUCUUCUUGGUGUGCUGGAUUUUGGUGGGUUUUUUUCUGGGGUAGAUCUCUUUCUUCUACUCUCUUCAACUACAAAAUUAGACUUACUGUUGAAUUUGACAAGAGUUGUUUUGCCGCUCUUAACCUUCAGUCUUUUUCAAAUGUUGACUUUGGUGGAUCUUGAGAUUCUUUCAUCCUUUAACUUCUGCACUUUCUCUGCUCUGGUCCUCUACCCUCUCAGGGACUUGGUGUCGAGCACUCGCACUGUCACCACCACUACCACUCCUUCCAGAAACUUCUUCUCUACAUUCCUGCCUCAGGGUAAACGCACUCCGGGGAAACCACCUCAAGUCGCCACGGGGACCUCGCCAAGCCAGGUAGCAGUGGGCAGAAAGGACCCAUUGACCAAUCCGGUGAGAGCAAAUUCCAGUCUAAAAACUAAGCAGAAAGGAGAGCAGCAGUGAAUUUGUCAGAAUGCCAUGAAAAUUAGGACAUUUGACAGGGACUUUGAGUCUAUGAUUGAUUGGAGGUUUGGAGAAUGUGUAUCUCAGUGUUGUGACCAGUUGGUGGGGAAAUAGCGCAAUCAUGUUCGUCUGCAGUUCCUCAUUAUCAUUCAUGCUUUUGAUGUUCAAGGUUGAAAUCUAAAACCUUGUGAGAGUUUUUUUAAAUUAUUUUCAUUUUCUAGCCUGCAAAACCAAAGGAGGUGAUCCAAUCCAAGGAGGCAAAGCCGGUGCUGAGCCAGGCAUCAACCAGUGAACCAGUGAUCUCCCAGUCCCAACAGUCUACAAAUCAGUCAACAAACCAGCCAGCACACGGCAGACACAAGAGGAUCCAGGACCAUGAGAAAGAGAGGAAGGAGCUUUUCUCCAAACCACCAUCACAGGUAUCUGAAAACUGCAAAUUGCUGACUUGCCAGUUUUUACUAAUUUUAACAGAUUUGAAGGAAAUUUUGUCUAAUAUUUAAGGACAUGAGUGUGUCUCGAUAGAGUCAGCUACCUAUAUCACCAGCUUGUUCAUUUUGGCUGGAAAUGAUCAGCAUAAGGCAGCUAGUUUUGGAUGCUACCAAGCAUAGGGCACUACAUUUUUUGGACGGACUAGGGAAAAUGAUUUACCUGCCCAUUAUUUUUUUGUGGUCAUAAAUUGGAUUAACUAGACAGAGUGGACAUACAACUUUAUCUCUAUUUUCUAGAUCAAAACACUGACAAACCACGCAAUGCUAUGAGAUGCUGUCUGUCACCUGUAGCCCUGUCAUUAUCACCAGCUAAAGGCGUGAUGUUUACAUCUCUGUCGUGUCUGGCCUUCAGCAUGACGGUCACGGAGACGAAAUAACGGGACAAAGUCAAAGCUGCAUUAGGGCGACGCUGUUGCAGCAUUAUGGAAAGUGUCUGUGCUUGUUUACAUCCAGGUAGUAGAGCAUUGUUGCAUCAUGACAGAAACUGGAGCUGCAGCACCAGCUAGUGGCAGGCGGUGGUACUAUAGCUUAGACACAACAUAUGAUCGACUUUUCAGGGCUGCACUACUAUAGAUAUUUAUGAUUAGUUUAUUUGACUAACAGAGACUGGACACUUUUUUCAUUGUUCACUGACAUUAUCUAUUUAUGUGUUGGCUUUAGGCACCACCAGAGAAGAAGGGGGAGGUGGGGGAGGUAGAGCAUGUUCCAGAAACCUGCACUGACCCUACAGAAUCUUCAUCCUCAAACUGCAAGACGACAAGCGGAGGAGCAGAGGGAAGUGGCCUGUCAACGGAACAGCCUUUCAUCAAACUCAGCCAGGAGGAGUACGGGGAACACCACUCCUCCAUCAUGCACUGCAGGUCUGACACUCAUUUGAAAUUCAUCUAAACUGCUCCUGCACUUUAUACAUCACCAACCAACAUAUUAAACUCAUCCAUCAUUUCUCUGUCUGUGCUCUAGAGUGGACAGCUCUGGUCGCCGGGUUGCCAGUUUGGAUGUAGAUGGAGUCAUCAAGGUGAAUUUAACUUUUUGCGAACUUUGCAUACAGUUUCUGCACAGUAACUACAUGAUGCACAUUUAUUUACCCAUCAUCUGCCUCAGGUUUGGUCAUUCAACCCCAUCAUGCAAACCAAAGCCACCAUCAUGUCCAAGUCUCCUCUGCUGUCUCUGGAGUGGGCCACCAAACCUGACAGACUGGUAUGAGCUAGAAACAGACUGCAUAUCAUUAAGAAUAUUGUUGUGCGUUAAUACAAAGAUGACAAAAAUGCGCCUUUUUGUGUAUCUUUGUGUGUUUUUGGUGUUGUGCCCAGUUAUUGUUAGGCAGUGGUGUCGGCACUGUACGACUUUAUGAUACAGACGCCAAGAAGAAUCUCUACGAGAUGAACAUCGAUGACACUCAUCCACGGUAAACCAGGCUGAUUGCAACUUUUUAUACGUUUGAAUCAGGACUCUUCCUAUGAAUAAAUAAAGUUUGUGUUUGAACUAAAAAUUAAGAAAGUAAAACCGUGUUUCUGUGUCUGUCAGUAUCUUGUCUUUAGCCUGCAGUCCUAGCGGUUCGUCGUUUGUCUGUUCGGCUGCAGCUCUCAGUCGAUCUGGAAGCCUUGACGGUGUUCCUCGACUUCCUGUCCCAGUGACAGGACAGCUGCUGCUGUGGGACACCAAGACUGUCAAACAACAGGUAAGAAAGAGCAAAUGAGGACUAACAGGGAUAAAUGCUGGUACAGCUCUGUUUCUGUUGAACUAAUUUUUGUUCACUUUUUAAGACUUUUGCUGACCCCAAAUGUCCAUGUUUUGUCAAUGAGUAGAGCAGAAAAAAGAGCUGUGCAGAGGUUUAAAACACAAAAAAUUGGAAAAUUAUAAACUGUUAGACUUGUUGCUUUGGACUUGUUUGCUUUUGUAAUAAAUGAAAAACUCUCUGUCCUCCUCAGGUCCAGUUCUCCCUAGAACCUGAACCUGUGGCCAUUAACUGUACAGCCUUCAACCACAAUGGGAACCUGCUGGUGACUGGAGCGGCUGACGGAUUCAUCCGACUGUUUGGUAAAAGAUUAACAGGGAUGCAGUUAAUGACUGUUUCUGCUGCGUAUUCCUCAAUAGGCUUUAGUCACUGACAGUGUGCAGUCAGGUCUACCAAAUUUUGAGUUCAGUUUGGAGUGAGACUCCCACACACACACCCAAUAAAAAGAGCCCAAUGUAAAAUAUAUAAAAAUACUAAUUAGGAAACAUCCGUAUUUGAUAAACAGCCACAAGUAAAAAUCGACAAACCAUGGGGUCAUUGACAUCUCCAUUAUUGAGUUCACAGACAAAGAAACCCCUGACAGUCUUGGGCUAUGAGUCAUUUUCUUAAAAAAUUCAUACUUAGAAAAAAAGUUAAAAGUUGAGUAAAACUUAACAAUUAGAAAAAGGUAAUGUUUUUCUUGCAUUUUAAUUUAUUGAGCCAUAAAUGGGGUCAUAAUUUACAGGACUAACAUUGACUGGUAAAUUAGUGUUUGAAUGAGAUUAUUCUUAAAAGAAUACAGAUUAUCUCAUGAUCUGUCAAAAUUUGUAACGAUUAUCAGGAUGUAAACAUUGUUCUUCCUGUGGUGUCAGACUUAAAUCAGUGUUGACUGGCUCCUUUAACUCUCCCCGCAGACAUGCAGCGUUAUGAGAGCGCCAUGAGCUGGAGAGCUCAUGACGGAGAAGUUUACAGCGUGGAGUUCAGCUACGAUGAGAACACCGUCUUCAGCAUUGGAGAGGAUGGAAAGGUUUGUGUGCAUGUUUUCGUGAACCUUUAUCCAAAGAGCCUGAAAACUUUUUCAAACAUGUUUAAUCUUAUUUCCUUUGGGAGGGGGGACGACAUCAGAGGAGUUUGAUUGAGUUGAAUAAAAGCGUUUGUGUUCAGUUUAUCCAGUGGAACAUCCAUCGGUGUGGGGUGAAGCAGUCGGAGCAGGUUUUACCUCAGGAUGCCACAGGACCCUUCGUCCUAUCAGGUUACAGCGGCUACAAGCAGGUGAUGAUUGCUAUUCUCUCGAACCAAAGCAUCAGACAUGUUUCAGUUUUUACUAAUUGGCUGAAUAAAUAAAUCGCUUUUAAUAAAUUUGUGAAUGAUUUGUUUCUCAGGUUCAGGUUCCUCGAGGUCGCCUCUUUGCCUUCGACUCUGAAGGACAACACGUCCUGACCUGUUCGAGCACCGGAGGACUCAUAUACAGAGUAAAUACACCUUCAUCCUCAUCUCCACCUUCAUCAUGAAUGUUGUCCCGUUUAUUAAUUCUUCUUAAUUGCAUUUAUAUGAAAUAAUCUAGAUACAUUGAUCUUUGUUAUGACACUGAUUUAAACUUUUAUUGGAUUUUGAUGCAUUUAAAUGAGCUGCAGUUGCAUUAGAUGAAACACAGAUUGUUGGUUUGAAGUUUUUAUUAAACAAACUCCAAUAUUGUUUUAAUAAUGUUUUUCUUUUUAUUUCAUUUUCUCUUUUUUUCUUUUUAAAAUCUUUUUGUUUCAGCAAUAUGAAGAUUUUUAUUUCAUAUAUAUUAAUAUUUCAUUUAAAUUCUAAAUUUAUUUCUCAAUUGUUGUCUCCCAGUUGACCAAUGGGGAGCCAGCUCUGGAGAACGUGCUGUCUCUGGGCGGGCACAAAGCCCCAGUGGUUACGGUUGAUUGGUGCUCGGCUGUGGACUGCGGCACCUGUCUGACAGCCUCCAUGGAUGGGAAGAUCAAACUGAGCACGCUCCUGGCACAAAAGUCCUAA